GCGUGGACGAAUUCCACGGUCUGAACUGUUUAGUUCUGUCAAUAUUCCUACUCUGCAGGUAGGAGCGAAGAGGGGACGCAGUAGAGUCUACUACAAAGGACACGUCUGUCUAUAAAGGUGUAUGUGGCCACAUUCUCUCCUACCUCUGCCGUGAAAAUGCCUUUUCUGGGCAAGGACUGGAGGUCACCAGGAUUGAGCUGGACCAAGACAGAGCAUGGCUGGACGAGGACUGACCUCUGUGGACACAAGUUGCAGGAUAACAACAGAGUCUUGAAUCCAAACAGGCUCUGCAGUGACAACAAAGAAAAUGUGCUUGUGGAAGACGUGUGUGAGCUCGCCACAACAAAGAGGAAAAAGGAGUUCCAUAACAAUAACACCAAAUCUCAGUUUGUCUACAGUGAUAAGUGGAUCUAUGUGCUGAAAGGGUACUCAAAAGAGCGACCUGGAUAUUGCACACUUGGGGAAGCGCUGAACCGCCUUGACUUUUCCAUGGCCAUCCAAGACUUGAGAAGGUUCGACUAUGUUGCAAAACUUUUCCAGCUAAUAGCCAGGUCUAAACUAUCAUCUUUGAGUGGAGCGGCACAGAAAAACUAUUUCAAUAUACUGGAGAAGAUUGUACGAAAGGUCCUCGAUGACCAUUACAAUCCUCGCCUUGUUAGGGAGCUGCUGCAAGAUCUGAGCCUGACGCUGCAGGAUCUGAAUAUCUACGCGGGCCGGUGUGUCCUCGUGGGCAACGUCAACAUCUGGUUUGACAGAAUAGAGACCAUUCAAAACUGGCAGCAGCAGCUAAAUAAUCUGCAGGUUCCCGAGAAACUAUACAGUGGCAUAUCAUUCGACGACUUGCCACUGCACAUGCAGAAUAAGAUCUUCUUCAAUUUAUCAGAUGCGUGUGACAUCGUUAACCUAGGAAAGGCCUCGUCUUCUCUGCUCAGCCUCAGUGAGAACCGGAUUCUGUGGAAGGAACUGUGCCACUUUCACUUCUCAGACAAAGAGUUCUGUAGGAAUUUGGUCCUGACCAAGGCUGACAACUUAGACUGGAAGCUAAUGUACUUCACCUUGAAGAAAUACUACCCCAUGAGGGAGCAGUACGGCGACACCCUGCACUUCUGCAAACACUGUCACGUCCUCUUCUGGAAGGAUCACCACCUGGCUUUAUUAUUCAAGGACAGUGGCCAUCCAUGCACUGUUAAUGAUCCGGACAGCUGCGUCAUGCCUGUCUCUCCACAGCACUUUAUUGACCUCUUCCAAUUUUAAAGCCUCCAUGCUGCUCUCCAAGCCAAGCAUCUGUGUACCCUCAUUCUCAAAGACCCAGGAGUGUGCGUACUUUUACUUUAAGACUUUUUUAUAGAAAAUACAAAGGGCUUUGAUUUAGAAAAAAGAAACCUUCACGCACAAAUGUUUUUCAUAAGAAAGGUUCAAUCCUUGUUGAAGUUUAAGAACGUUGGUAGUACCAAUACAGUAUGUCUGAAUCAAAAUAAAUGUUUGUUAAAUCAGACAGAAAAAAUAAAAAAAUAACUAUGUAAAUGUAAUUAAUAUUACAAAUGAAUUUACACGCGAAAGAGGUUGUAGCAUGUUUAUGGUCCAUUACUAGUGAUUAGUCUGUAAAAGGUUUUUUCUCCAAAUAUCAAAAGUAGACAUUUACGACGUGUCAUGAUACGAUGACUCGUGGCUGUGACGGUUUAUUUGAACUAUUCAAACUGACUUUUUCAUACAGUUUAUCUGCAAUAAGUGAUUGCAUGUCGUGUCGGACUCUCUGUUUACAUACCGUAUGUUGUCCUUUGUGAAUUCGUGCUCUGUUGAACGCAUCGACACUGAGAGAAAAUAGCGUUUUAAACUCCUGAAGCCGGACAAAUAUUUAUACUGCCAAUGUACUUUUGUCAAAACUGUCCAGUAACAAAUGGAGGAAAUGUUAAAAAAAAAAAAGGGAAGAAGAUUUUGUAUCCCUAAUUUUGUAUUGCUCCUUUACUGUUCUACUCUUUAUGGUGAAUUAUGAAUUUUAUGGGAAUGGGAGUAGCUUAUUAAAACGAUAAUAUUUUAAAAAAAA